AUGGUGAAGGCAUACCGCAAGAAGGCGCUGUCGCUGCACCCUGACAAGGGCGGUGACCCUGAGCUCUUCAAGGAAGUCACGAAUGCAUACGAGAUCCUCUCUGACUCGGACAAGCGCGAGAUGUACGACCGCUUCGGCAUGGAGGGUGUGUCGGAGUCUGGUGGCAUGGGCGGCGGCAUGGACCCCCAGGACCUCUUCUCGCAGCUGUUCGGCGGCGGCGGCGGCGGUUUCUUUGGCGGCGGCGGCCGCCCCCGUGGCCCCAAGAAGGGCAAGGAUCUGAUCCACCGUGUCAAGGCGACCCUCGAGGACCUGUACAAGGGCAAGCUCACCAAGCUGGCCCUGCAGAAGCAUGUGCUGUGCUCCAAGUGUGAUGGGCGCGGCGGCAAGGAGGGCUCGGUGAAGACGUGCAACACCUGCCACGGCCAGGGUAUCAAGGUGGUCCUCCGCCAGCUCGGCCCGAUGGUGCAGCAGAUGCAGCAGGCAUGCACAGACUGCCAGGGCACCGGUGAGCAGAUCGACCCCAAGGACCGCUGCAAGGCGUGCAGCGGCAAGAAGAUCACGCAGGAGCGCAAGGUGCUCGAGGUCCGUAUCGACAAGGGUAUGGAGGACGGCCACCAGAUCACCUUUAAGGAGGAGGCCGACCAGGCGCCGAACACGAUCCCCGGCGAUGUGAUCAUUAUUGUGGACGAGCAGCCGCACCCCCGCUUCAAGCGCAAGCGCAACGAUCUGUUUGUCGACGUCAAGGUCGACCUGCUCACCGCGCUCGCCGGCGGCAAGCUCGGCAUCGAGCACCUCGACGACCACGCGCUCUCGGUCGACAUCCCUGCCGGCGAGAUCAUCAAGCCGGGUGACAUGAAAGUGCUGCGCGGUCAGGGUAUGCCCUCGUACCGCCACCACGAGCUCGGCGAUCUGUACGUGAACCUCUCGGUGGACUUCCCCGAUAGCCUGUCGGAGGAGCAGCGCGGCCUGCUCGAGAAGGCGCUUCCGCCCCGCACCACCAAGGCGAACCUGCCGAACAAUGUGGACGUGGAGGACGUCGUGAUGGAUACCAUUGACGAUAACGAGGCCCACCGUGCGCGCACGGGUCCCGCCUCGGGCGCCGAUAUGGACGACGACGAGGCCGGCGGCGGUCCCCAGGUGCAGUGCGCCCAGGGCUAG